ACAGGGCAACCCUUAUAAGCUUCCCUAUGGUGGAACUCUUGUUUUCCACUUGGUUAGGGUUUUUUUGCUCAUUGCCUCCCUUAGCGGCUGUCUUCGGCUUCGACGACUCUCACUAAACCCUAACAAUGGCGGAACAGACGGAGAAGGCGUUCUUGAAGCAGCCAAAGGUUUUCCUUAGCUCGAAAAAGUCUGUGAAAGGGAGGAAACCUGGAAAAGGAGGGAAUAGGUUCUGGAAGAGCAUUGGCCUAGGGUUUAAGACACCAAGAGAAGCUAUCGAAGGGACAUAUAUUGAUAAGAAAUGCCCUUUCACUGGCACUGUCUCCAUUAGGGGUCGUAUUUUAGCUGGUACAUGCCACAGUGCUAAGAUGGUGAGGACUAUUAUUGUUCGACGCAAUUAUCUUCAUUUUGUUAAAAAGUACCAAAGAUAUGAGAAGAGGCAUUCAAACAUUCCAGCACACAUCUCACCAUGCUUCCGUGUGAAGGAGGGAGACCAUGUCAUCAUUGGCCAGUGCAGGCCAUUGUCAAAGACAGUGAGGUUUAAUGUGUUGAAAGUUAUUCCAGCUGGAGCUUCUGCUGGUGGUAAGAAGGCAUUUACAGGAAUUUAAUUUUGAUAUUUUGGGCUUUUUCUGGUAGCUUUUACAUUUGAUGAAUGUGAGAUUAUGGUUAUAUUGAGCAACUCGUACCAGAGGAAAUGUUGUCUUUUUGAUUUGCUCUUUAAUUAAUUUUUGUAUUAUGAAUUCAUGGGUUUACUGUUGAACCUAGUUCUUGAAUUUUGCAAUCAAAAUUUAGUAUUUCCAAUUGGCUAGUAA